UCUUGAGCCCAUCAUGCAGUUCAGAAGCUUCUUCCUUUCUCUCUUCCUCGUGUUCGCGGUCGGGCUGGCUCUCGUCCAUGCCGACGAGGCUUCCAAGGAGCCGCGGGGACCGAAGAUCACCAACAAGGUUUACUUUGAUAUUGAGCAUGGAGGCAAGCCUCUCGGUAGAAUUGUCAUGGGGUUGUAUGGCAAGACUGUUCCCAAGACUGCUGAGAACUUCCGUGCUCUUGCUACUGGCGAGCAUGGAUUUGGUUAUGAGGGUUCUACCUUCCACCGUGUUAUUGAGCAGUUCAUGAUCCAGGGUGGUGAUUUCACCCGUGGUGACGGCACUGGCGGCAAGUCCAUUUACGGCGAGAAGUUCGCCGAUGAGAACUUCAAGCUGAGACACACCCGCAAGGGUCUUCUGAGCAUGGCGAACGCUGGCAAGGACACCAAUGGAUCCCAGUUCUUCAUCACCACCGUUGUCACUUCCUGGCUGGAUGGUAAGCACGUUGUUUUCGGCGAAGUCCUCGAGGGCUACGAUGUUGUGGAGAUGAUCGAGAAGGUCCCCACGGGUGGCGGUAGCAAGCCCAAGGAAACCGUCAAGAUCGUGAAGAGCGGCGAGAUCAAGGAUGAGGCUGCUGAGCCGGCACCGGAGUCGGAGCCCGAAGCCGAGGUCAAGGAGCCCGAAACCCAGGAGGAGGCCCAGCCCAAAGGUAGCCAUGAGGAACUGUAGACGCCCCCCAUGUGGUGUCACGUUCUCUCCUUCGCUCCUAUGGUAUGUGCCGAUGCUUACUUGCCAUCAGUACAACAAAUCGAUGAAGCUGAUAGCGGAUCGUCGUUCCUCCCCCGGAUGGCAUUCUUCUUCUUCGUCGUCAUCGUU